AAAGAAACAGCAAGUAACAUUAGACCUACCAGUUAGUUAAAUAAUUUAACAGUUUAGUUUUAGAAUUAUUAUUAUUGCCAAAUAGAAUUACAGGCAAAAAAUGUACUCUGUAAUUAAUGCAUUUGAUUUGGCAAUUGAAUUGAAUUACGAAUUGGUAAACAUAGUAGUCCAAAACUACAGGUAGUACUGUCUUCCUGUCCCCGGGCAUAGGUUUAAAUCAAAAGCAUUUGUAAAUUGCAUAAUAAAAGCAAUGUACCGUGUUGUAACAAUGUGCAAAUGGUUAACAGUAUGAAUGAGAAGGGACAUGUAUGAAGAGAGAGCUAUUGCUUAUGUUAAACAUGUUGUCUGUGCUCCACUGGUGGCCUUUCUCUCAAGGCAACUGGUUUGCAAAUGAAAAAUGGGUCAGAAGCUGCUGCUUGGGUUGCACGUGGGGGUGUUCUGUUCUAGAGACACAAGAUUUUAUCCGUGUGGAUUUGAUUUCAAAAUCUUUGCAGGUCUGAAUGAUCUGAGGGAAAUAUGUUUCUACAGUGUUGUCAUACAUUUGGCACGAGGUCAGGAAGUGCUGCUCAGAGCCCACCUCAUUUUAUGGGCAGUGUGCACUGCCCGGGUUCUUUUGCACGAUCUACAUUCUAGCAGCCUUUCUUCACAGCAAGGCCAUGCUCACAGUCGGUACUUUGUCACGGUUUUUCUUAAUUUCGGGUCCGUCACGGUGGUCUGGCGUUCUGCCUCGGAACUGUGAUUCCGUUACCGUUAUUUGUAUCUGUUUCUUAUAACCAAAUUAAUUUUUUGUCAGUUGUUAAAUGUAGUAUUUCUGAAUACUGUGAAGUUGAAUGUUUUGUUGCUUUUUUAAACUAGUGCUUUUUUGUUCGGCGUACAUUUUGAAGCAAGUCAAUGUGUGGUACCGUUAAUGUGGAACUGCUACCAGGCUAACUAACAGCAGAACAGGAAGCAGUGGGGUGGGGCUGUGUGCUUCUCUCUCUUCCUACUUCUUUCUCAUUCACUUGCUUCAGAUUGAUUCUCUUUUGAUUCCUGGCGGGAAGGAAGGUCACUCCGGCUUUGAGGAGGCAGAAGUAGCUCUGUAUUUGGAUUGGCAGUUCUGGUGGAGUGUAACCGUCAUUUAGGCUCUGAGAGUGGGUAACGAGGCCGAAGGGGCGGGCCGGGCGACAGAGAGAGCCAGGGUGGGCCAUGGCCAGCGAAGCAGCGUUGGCGGACUGCCAGGAGGAGAGCAGUGCCGAGGACCCCCCCACUAACCCUGAACAGAGCCUGGGGGACACAGAGGCUUCGAGUGACCCAGGUGGGCUGUCGGUGCUGGAGCAACUGGGUCUGGACCAGAGCUCUGACUUCUCCGACACCAGCGUCCAGCAGCACCUGGACGAAGAGAGGGAUCGCAUCCGCCGGGAGAUCAGAAAAGAGCUGAAGAUCAAGGAGGGAGCUGAGAACCUGAGGAGAGCCACCACAGACAAGAAGAACGUUCAGCAGGUGGACAGCCAACUCCGCAGCUCCAGCCGCAAACUGGACAACCUGCACGCCCAGCUACAGGAGCUGGAUGCUUACAUCGUGGUCAAAGGAGGGGACGAGAACAACCGAGAUGGCCCCAAGUCUCCUGGGGCGCGCAGCCGCUCGGCCAACCUGGACCGGAUCACCGCUCUGGAGCGCCAGCUCAACAUCGAGCUCAAGUGCAAACAGGGCGCGGAGAACAUGAUCCCCAUCUACGCCAAUGGAGUCACCAAGGACAAGAAGAUGCACCAGACGGCCCUGCAGAUGUUGCAAGACAGCAAGACCAAGAUUGACAUCAUCCGCAUGCAAAUCCGCAAGGCCAGGCAGGCCACCGAGCAGACCGAAGAUAACCAGGGCAAGCCUGACACGUGUGGGGUGGAGCUGCGGGUGGAGGAGCUCUGGCAUCACUACCGUGUGGAGCUCGCAAUGGCUGAGGGAGCAAAGAACAUGCUGAGGCUGCUGGGAGCUGGGAAAGUCCAGGACAAGAAAGCCAUUUCAGAGGCUCAGUGUGGUCUGAGUGAAUCGUCUCAGCGUUGUGACCUGCUGCGAGGCUCUCUGGAGCAGCGCCUGUCGGAGCUGUCCGAGGACCACCCCAAGGCCUGCCUCAUCAAGGAGGAGCUGGUGCUGGCCUCCUCCUCGGCCUUCUCCUCCAGACACGGAACGCCCUACGUGCACAACCAGUACAGCACGCUCAGCAAGCCCUCCCCACUCACCGGUACCCUGCAGGUGCGCCUGCUGGGCUGUGUGGGGCUGCUGGAAGUGGUCCCGGGGCGCAGCAGAGGAACCCCGGCCGUGCUGCCCUGCCACAGCCCCGGGGACAGUCGCUCCUUCAAGCUCAGCGGCCUCUACAGCCGCAGCACCAGCAGCCUCAGCCUCCGGGUCCCCGGGAAGACGGACGAGCUCUCCGCGGAGGUGAGUGCGGUGUUGAAGCUGGAGAACACGGUGGUGGGACAGACGUGCUGGAAGACGGUGGGCGAGCAGGCCUGGGACCAGACGUUCACCGUCGAACUGGAGAGGUCCAGAGAGAUGGAGAUAGCUGUGUACUGGAGGGACUAUCGUUCCCUGUGUGCUCUGAAGUACCUGAAGCUGGAGGAGUUCCUGGACAACCAGAGACACAGAGUUCAGCUGGAGUUGGAGCCUCAGGGUCUGCUGCUGGCUGAGGUCAUGUUCUUCAACCCAGUCAUAGAGCGAGGUCCCAGACUGCAGAGGCAAAAGAAAGUUUUCUCCAAACAGCAUGGUAAGGCGUUCCUGCGCGCUCGUCAGAUGAACAUCGAUGUUGCCACCUGGGUUCGCCUCCUGAAGAAUGCCAUCCCUACUGGAAACAACACACAUUCCCACAGCCCGGGGGAGAUUUCCAUAGAGAAGCUGAGUGUGGAGAGCGACUCUCCCCCGAGACCUGAGAUAAUGAGAGACAUCGUUGAUUCUCCCCACUUGGAACAAAUGCCAGCGAUUGAGCCGUUCUCCCCUCCGGAUGUGGUCCAAGAGGGGCCAGUCAGAACCCGAUCCACCAGUUCCCUGCGGAGGAAGAGUCAGGGACCUCUGUGUCUGCAGGAUUUCAAGCUGAUCGCUGUGUUGGGCAGGGGACACUUUGGAAAGGUGUUGUUGACCGAGUACAAGAAGACAGGCAGUCUGUACGCUAUCAAAGCCCUGAAGAAGGGAGACAUUGUAGCGCGGGACGAAGUGGACAGUCUGAUGUGCGAGAAGCGUAUCUUUGAGACGGUGAACAGCUCACACCACCCCUUCCUGGUCAAUUUGUUUGCGUGUUUCCAGACCCCAGAACACGUGUGCUUCGUCAUGGAGUACACGGCUGGGGGAGACCUCAUGAUGCACAUCCACGCAGAUGUCUUUACAGAGACCCGAGCUGUGUUCUAUGCUGCCUGUGUGGUUCUGGGUUUGCAGUUUCUUCACGACCACAAGAUUGUGUACCGGGAUCUUAAAUUGGAUAACUUGUUGCUGGACACACAGGGCUAUGUGAAGAUAGCAGACUUUGGACUCUGCAAAGAGGGGAUGGGAUAUGGGGACAGGACCAGCACGUUCUGUGGCACUCCCGAGUUCCUGGCUCCAGAGGUUCUGACUGACACUUCCUACACCAGGGCAGUGGACUGGUGGGGCCUGGGAGUGUUGGUGUAUGAGAUGCUGGUUGGAGAGUCUCCAUUCCCAGGCGACGAUGAGGAAGAGGUAUUUGAUAGCAUAGUUAAUGAUGAAGUGCGCUACCCUCGCUUCCUGUCCACAGAGGCCAUUGGAAUCAUGAGACGGUUGUUGAGGAGAAACCCGGAACGGCGUUUAGGCUCUAGUGAGAAAGAUGCUGAGGACGUCAAAAAACAGCCUUUUUUCAGGGGCGUGGACUGGGAUGCGCUGCUACACAGGCGGCUCCCGCCCCCAUUCGUCCCCAACAUCGGGGGAAAGGAGGACGUCAGCAACUUUGACGAAGAGUUCACCGCUGAGGCCCCUGCCCUCACGCCGCCACGCGAACGCCGCACGCUCUCCCGCAAGGACCAGGACUGCUUCAAAGACUUUGACUACGUCUCUGACCUAUGCUAGGGACCACCGGUCAGGGGUCAGGGGUCAUACUCCGCCUUUGGACGGAGUGGAGCUGGAGAGGACUACACAGUCACUGUGGGAGGACGUUCCCAGGGGAGACUUACCGCUGUUCUGUCCUGUCUGUAGUGUGAAUAGGCAGAAGGGAGAAGGUUCCGGGAGAAUGCGAGUGCGUGCCGCGCCAAUACGAUCCGGGAUCUGCUGACCUUCAAUGAGUCUGGAGUGGCAUUAAUAGGGUGUGGGGAUAAUUAAUGAAGAUAAUCCAGAUUAUGUAACGCUUGGUGGUUGAGCACCGACUGAGGCACAGUAUCUGUGCAGUUUAGUAACGCUGGGAAUGAGAGAAAAAGUCUGUUUCUCUAGAGAAAUAAAUGGAGCCCCACAGACAAUAUGAAAAAGGAUGUCUGUUCGACGUUAAUACCGUCGGUACAGAAAUCAUCUGACACAAAUCUUACCUCCCCCUCAUCUCUCUUCUCCCUGCGUGUUUGUGGCUGCUUACUGCUGUACUUCCUCAGUCCCUUUGUCCCAAACCAUCAUCCGGAGUCCUGCAUCUCACAUUUAUAACCAGUAGAGGGAGCCAUAGGAAAGGUAAAAGGUGUUUCCCGAAGAAACGAAGCGGCGCAGUUAUGUGGCAUGUAGGGAUGUUAGUGAGGACUAUGCUGGAUUAACUAGGGCUGAGGUCGUGUGUAUGUGUUUGUGCCGGGCCCUGUCUACUUGUAUUCUACCUGCUCUCCCCUCUGUGGGUCAGUGAAUUUCAUUUUACUAUUAUUUUUUAACUAUUUUAAUGUGAUUUCAGUUAUUUUUCUGGUGUUUGAUUUGUCAAUUACGCUGAUAUCAUGUCUGGAACUGUGACUCAGUAAAGAGGUGAACCCAA